CCUUCUAUCAUCAUCAUCAUCAUCAUCUUCUUCUUCUUCUUCUUCUUCAAAUCCCAUAGUCUCUGAAAUGGGUGGGGUUACUUCAUCCAUGGCUGCAAAGCUUGCUUUUUUCCCACCAAACCCACCUUCCUACAAGGUCAUUAAGGACAACCCAACUGGGCUCUUGCUCAUGGACGCUUUUCCGCACCGUGAAAACGUCGACGUUUUGAAGUUUCCGACCCGCCGCGGCAAUGAGAUCGUCGCCGUCUAUGUCCGCCACCCAAUGGCUUCCACCACCGUGCUGUAUUCUCAUGGCAACGCUACUGAUAUAGGCCAGAUGUAUGAGCUCUUCAUUGAAUUGAGUAUUCACCUGCGUGUUAAUCUCAUGGGGUAUGAUUACUCUGGGUAUGGGCAGUCAACAGGCAAGCCAAGUGAACAUAAUACUUAUGCAGAUAUUGAAGCUGCAUAUAAUUGUCUUGAAGAGAGGUAUGGUGCGAAGCAGGAGAACAUAAUCCUCUACGGUCAAUCUGUCGGAAGUGGUCCUACUGUUGAUCUUGCUGUCCGUUUGCCCCAACUAAGAGCCAUUGUUCUGCAUAGCCCGAUAUUAUCAGGGUUAAGAGUCAUGUAUUCUGUGAAGCGCAGUUAUUGGUUUGAUAUCUACAAGAACAUUGAUAAGAUUCCUCUGGUGAAAUGUCCUGUGCUGGUAAUACAUGGAACAUGUGAUGAAGUAGUUGACUGUUCUCACGGCAAGCAACUUUGGCUACUUUGCCAAGAGAAAUACGAACCUCUAUGGCUCAAAGGUGGAAAUCACUGCAAUUUGGAACUCUUUCCGGAAUAUAUUAGACAUCUCAACAAGUUCAUAACCACUGUUGAAAAAGCGCCUCCACGCAAGUUGAGUUCAAGGAAAAGCACGGACUGUGUGGAACGUCCUAGGCGCAGUGUUGAAUAUCCUAGGCACAGUGUUGAUUACUAUGAGCUUCCAAGGAAGAGUACUGACAAGAGAGAAAAAUCGAGGAAAAGCACCGAUAGAAGACCUGAAAAGCUGAAACUUAAUGAGUACAAGUUAAAUAACAGUGACAAGCUAGAGAAGUUUAGGAUCUCUGAUGAUCAGAUAGAGAGGUCCCGAAGGAGCGUCGAAUACCAUCAUGGGAGAACAUCUAGGAGAGGCAUUGACCAUCAGCUAGAAAAACCUAGGAUCAGUGUCAACUGGCUGGACAGAAUUCGAGCUGGGUAAAUCUAU